AACGAAAAACUCAGAGGGGGAAGUUUAGUAGAGGAUGCACGUCUUUGUCGAACGUAAGAUCCGCGCACGCGCAAUUGUAUACUUAUGCCAAUGGAGUUCUCGAGAUAAAUACGUCGGGAUUUUUGAGAAAAAAAUUCAAUGUAUUUUCUUGAUUUUUAUAAAUGAUAUUGUUUUCAUCAUUCUACGGACAGUAUUUUUUUCCUGUUGACAUUUCCAGUCUGUAAGCUUGCGGAACUAGCGGACAGUUAGCAUGCUAACAAAUAUUUAUCAUUUUAAAUAUUAUAACGUUGUGUCGAGUACAUUUAGCAAUAUAUUUGAGCCCUUGGUGUAUUUUUUAUAUUAGAAUAUAACAUUAUAACCUUAUCCGACGCUUAUUCACGCUGUUGUUUUUAUAAAACGUUACAAAUGACUGUGUAUUAUUUCCAUAAACUGACUGGAUUUUGAGGCGGACAGUGUCAACAGUUUAUUCUUGGGGUGGCCGUUAGGGGACAAUCCAAAAGAUGGACAUCACCACCGUGUCAGCCUCCAAUGGGCCAGAAUGUUCCCUGGUUUCAGACGACAUGGAGGGUAUUUGUGUAAUGCCGGACUUAACUACCAUCAAGACUGAGGUGACAAACCCAGAUGAAGCCAGCACCCAAAAUGUAGCCAUGGGCAUUAAGUUCAUUUUGCCCAACCGCUUUGAUAUGAAUGUUUGCUCGAGAUUUGUCAAGUCGCUCAAUGAGGAAGACAGCAAAAACAUCCAGGACCAGGUGAACUCUGACCUGGAGGUUGCAUCUGUCUUAUUUAAAGCCGAGUGUAACAUCCAGACUUCACCGUCUCCAGGAAUACAAGUGCGCCAUGUUUACACACCGUCCACCACCAAACAUUUCUCCCCCAUCAAACAGUCUACAACACUGACCAAUAAACAUCGUGGCAACGAGGUUUCUUCAACACCUCUUCUGGUACACUCUCUGUCAGUGCAUCAGUUGGCAGCUCAAGGAGAGAUGGUUUUCCUGGCGAGCAGGAUCGAACAAGAAUCUGUGAUCAACCUCCAAGAUGAGGAGGGCUUCACUCCCCUGAUGUGGGCAGCUGCUCACGGACAGAUUGCUGUUGUGGAGUUCCUGCUCCAGAAUGGUGCAGACCCUAACCUCUUGGCCAAAGGGAGAGAGAGUGCACUGUCGCUGGCCUGCAGUAAAGGCUACACUGAUAUAGUGAAGAUGCUCAUCGACUGUGGCGUUGAUGUGAAUGAAUAUGACUGGAAUGGAGGAGCCCCUCUGUUGUACGCUGUUCAUGGAAACCAUGUGCGCUGUGUUGAAAUCUUGUUGGAAAGUGGUGCUGAUCCGACCAUAGAGUCAGAUUCGGGAUUUAAUGCAAUGGACAUGGCCGUAGCUAUGGGACACCGGAAUGUCCAACAGGUGAUGGAGGCCCAUUUACUGAAGCUGCUGAUGGGAAUCAGAGAGUGAAGGGAGACACUCCAUGGUACUGUGUAUCAGCAUGUGCCAGGCUGCUAGUCAACAGGAAGUGAUGCAACACAACUGCUUUACUCCAUUGUUUGUUUUAGUCAUAGUGUACAUUACAUACAUAUUUGUGCUGUAGUGUUUUUUUUUUUAAUGCAGACCUUUUUUAAAAGCCUUGGUCUCAUCGGUAUCCCAGCAUGCACCACGAGGGUGCUAUCAAACUAGCAAGGGUUUUAUUUGUUGUUAGAUAAAGUUUCAUUUCUGACAGUAAUAUCCAAUGUACAGAUUUCUGCUCAGAAUUCAUUACUACUGCAUUAACAUUUAUUAUGUUUUGGUUAGUGAAAGAAAUCUAUUGUGGAAUAAGACUGUUUCUGUGGUUUACUGUGUGGUUGAUUAGAAAAGUCCCUGCUUUGAAGAGACUUUUCUAUAAAGCUCCUCUUGAUCCAUGUGUUGACUCUGAAGGUCCUGCAUGCUUUCAUUUGAACUGACUGUAUUUGCUCUAUUUAUUGAAUUCGUUGUGACAUUUGUGGUGUGAUGUGAUGAUGUUCAUGUUCAUUUUUUCUCUGUGAAGUUAAACUUAAGUCCUAUGGGUUUGGUUUUUUUUAACCUGCCACCUCAUCAUAAUGCCCCCUGAGGUGUCUGUGGUGCUCUAGGCCACUGUGUGACAGUGCUAGAAAAAAGAAAAUUGGUGUCAACUGUUGCUCUAUCACAAAAUUAUAUUCAUUUGAAUGUAAGGUGUGGAUGGCGUAUGUUAUUUAAUUUUUAUUUUAUUUAAAAUGUGAACAUGUCUGGGAGACAGUUCAAUGUUUUCAUUCUGUUUUAGAAUAUCACAGCAAAAACAAUUAAUACAAUUUAAGUUUUAGACAAUACACUUUUGGAUGUACAACAUAUUACAUCUAUUCAAUAAAUAAAUGCUUUGUUUUUUAUAAGAAGUUGAAAGUUUCCUUAUUUUUUUUCAUUCAGCAUUGUUGUAGAAACUGUUGUCAGUGAAAAGUUUUGGCCUUAGGAUUUAGGUUGAACGUAGUAUUGAUAAUGCUGAAUCAGUGAAGUAUUGAAUAAAUGCAAUAAUUUAAAUUUAAUUGAUGGGUCAAAUCGUCGGUGCGUGCGUCACGUACACAGCGACACCCAGUAUCCUUGCGUGUAUCGGUUUAAAAAAGUGGAAUCGCCAGUGUUUGAGCUGGAGUGCCUGCAAUGACUUUUAAAAUCCAGCAGAGGUCAGUAUUACAUGCUACACCAGGGGUGUCCACACUUUUGAUUGGCAUGUAUUUUUCAAAUGAUCCGUCUAAAAGAAAUUUACAUUAAAAACUUCAAAUAUAUAUAUUUACUCAUAUGAACCGGUUUAUAUAUAUGUUGCGGUGUUUUGAUUAAAUGGCUAUAGUUGUAUGGAUACAUUAUGACUAAAGACAUAUGGUCAUACUCUAGCCUUUGUGAUCAGCAUCUAGAAAGAGAAAUGAUUUAUUUUAUUUAAAUGCUCAUGAUUAAACACUGGUUGGACACCCUUCUGUUACCCCAUGCUAGCCUGUAUAAAAAAUGUGGCCAUCACCUGUUUUACCAUCUUUAAUAAAUUGUAUGAGGAAAUGAUCAAGUGAAAACUAACUAAAAAAAAACAAAACACAAUGUUGUCCAUUUACUGACAGUAGCAAAGGUUUAUUCCAGAUAAGGUGGUUAAGUGAGGCCACAAGGAGGUAAGGUUCAGUAACAUGGAGGAAACAGAUGAACAACAGGAGCCUGGAAACACCACAUUUUAUACACAAUCUCUCACUAACUGGAC